CCUGCGGCCUGGGCCCCAAAGGGUCGUGUACAGCGUCAUGGCGCGCUUCCUCUGCGCGCUUAGGAGCCUUCCCUUCCGAGAAGUGCCCGGGUGGGCGGUCCGGGGCCGAGCGAACCGGGGCGGCCUCGGCGCGAGUACCGGACCUGAGGACGCAGGGUCCCUUACAAAGCGGAAGCCAGUUCUCUCCAAGAGUGAGUGGCAGAAGAAGCUGACUCCAGAGCAGUUCCAUGUCACGAGAGAAAAAGGGACGGAACCGCCUUUCAGUGGGAUCUACCUGAAUAACAAGGAAUCAGGAAUGUAUCACUGUGUGUGCUGUGACAGCCCGCUUUUCAGCUCUGAGAAAAAGUACUGCUCGGGCACUGGAUGGCCUUCGUUUUCUGAGGCUCACAGGACGUCUGGCUCUGAUGAGAGUAACACAGGGAUCCUGCGACGUGUGGACACCUCGUUGGGACCAGCUCGCACAGAGGUCAUCUGCAAGCAGUGUCAUGGCCGGGAGCACUUUUGUCACGGAAGCACCCUGGGUUUCUCCCGUGCUGCUGGUCCCUAUCUCCCAUCACUCUGGGCACUGCAGACCCGAGAAGGAGCCUCUCCUGGUUCAAGCCUUGCAGAGAUGGGAGCAGAGCAAGGAUCUGAAAGAGAGAGCUGGCCCUUUACAUUCUGUUGCACAGAGACAAUCAGCAGGAAGGCCAAGCAUAGCUGGCGUCCCUAUGCCCCCUUCUCACUCUGCAGCGUGUCAGCAACCGGCGGAGCAGCGCUGCAGUGCGAAGCUCACCUUGGCCAUGUGUUUCCUGAUGGACCUGGGCCUACUGGUCAGAGGUUUUGCAUCAACAGUGUGGCACUCAAGUUCAAACCAAGCAAACACUGACUACCUCCAAGAGUCCCCUUCCCUCGCCACUCCCUCAUUUCCAAACUCAAUUUUCAUAAUUUAUGUGAAUAGCUAGUUUUAUUACCUACUAAACCAGGCUAAGUUUGCUGCUAUCACCAAGCAAGUCACACCUUCUCUAACUUACUACCUGGAGUCAGCCAACCCUGGCUCUGGCUUUGACUGGAAUUUCACAAAAUGACAGAGGGGCAACCAUUUCCAUUAAAUCGACUUCGGUGGGCUUUGCUUGGACCAGAGGGCAUGACUCUUUGGGGACAUUUGGAGGCUGAUGGACAAACCAAAGAAUUUACAAAACCACCCUGAACGUUCCAUUGCAGUUAAGUUCUUCAUGGACAUAUAUAGGUGAGAGAUCAAGUGAAAAGAGGAAAGAAAAUAUGGGGUUAGACUAAUUCACAGUCCCAGCAUGGAAAGAAGCAACGAGGAGGAGGGUUGUGGAUGAGCUGUGCUUUGGGGGAUCCACGGGAUGCAUGAUAUUUUUUUCAAAACUUUAGACUCUCUUGAACUUUCCAGUUCCAGCUUCUCUACGUGCAACUUAAGUUUCGAUGGGAGUUUGCUAGAUUUCAGUGAUGAUGAAUACAAGUGGCUACAAAGUUAAACUUUAAUUUAGUUCAAAUAAAAUAUUUACUAAAAUCUGUUUGCUUUUUGUCUAAGUC